AUGUUCUAUAGAAAUGCAUCAUGGAAAGAAAUUAAUCAAAGCUACCAAGGGGAAUUCAUCUUAUUGGGAGUGGCUGACCGGCCACGCUUGGAGAUGUUCCUCUUUGUCUUUGUCCUGGCCUGCUACUUGAUGACCCUCCUAGGCAACACAACCAUCAUUGUGGUGUCAAGAUUAGAUCCCCAUCUCCACACCCCCAUGUAUUUCUUCCUCAGCAACCUUUCCUUCCUUGACCUCUGCUUCACCACCAGCCUUGGGCCCCAGAUGCUGGUGAACUUCUGGAGAAAGAGCAAGACCAUCACUUAUGGUGCCUGCGUGGUUGAGCUGUACAUCUCUUUUGCUUUGGGCUCUACAGAGUGCAUUUUGUUGGCUGUCAUGGCCUACGACCGCUAUGCUGCAGUCUGUCAUCCACUGCCCUAUGCUGUCUUGAUGAACCAAUCUCUUUGCUUCACAAUGGCUGCUGUCUCCUGGAUGAGUGGUUUUAGUACUUCAGUAAUAGAGACAGUAAUGACUGUAAGACUCCCACGGUGUGGACAGAAUCAGGUAGACCAUUUUUUCUGUGAAGUGCCAGCCUUGCUGAAAUUGGCCUGUGUUGACACCACUCUCAAUGAAGCUGUACUCUUUGUCUCGAGUGUAAUUUUCCUUGUAAUACCACUGGGUCUCAUCAUAAUCUCAUAUGGCUACAUUGCAGCUUCUGUGCUGAGGAUCCACUCAGCUGAAGGCAGGCAGAAGUCCUUCAACACUUGUGCCUCCCACUUGAUGGUGGUGUCCCUCUUCUAUGGCACAGCCAUCUUCAGUUAUCUCCAGCCUCCGUCCAACUACUCCCGUGAUCGAGGCAAGAUGAUUUCCCUUUUCUAUACGUUUGUCACCACCAUGCUUAAUCCACUGAUCUAUACUUUAAGGAACAAAGAGGUACAGAAAGCUCUCCGAAGAAUAAUGAAGAUCAAGAAUAAUGAAGGUCAAUAA